CCUAGUGAUAUCAGCUGCAACGGCUGCAACUUGCAUAUACAGCAGCGCUUUCUCUCAUUGUGGGCGGAUCUAAAAACACAACUUCUGUACUUGGCUGUCAAAAUUAUCAAAUCAAAACAAAAAAAAAUGUAAUCCUGCAAACGAAAAGGGUGUUUUGUAAUCAUCGGGCGAACGAAAAAGUUGCUUGCUUCGCAUAGUUAAUGACCGUUGGGGAAAUGGCCGGACGUAAUCGAAACCAGAUAACCAAACUCGAGGCUUUAAUCGAACAAUGCCGUGCCGAGGGAAAAUGGCAACGAGUAACCGAGUUGUCCGAUGAACUCAAAGCAGGAUUUCCACAAGUUGAGAGUUUAGCCAACUUCCUGAUGGGAGAAGGCAAGUUAGAGCGAUACCUAGAAGAACAUCCCCCAAUCGAGGAUAACUUUCACAAGGCCAAACUAGGGCUUUCCGAUGCGAAACGAUAUCUCAAUUCAGUAAUUGGUGAAAGUGGAAAAAAGGCAGGAAUAGCGCUGGAUGCUCAUUUACUGUUGGCCAAGUUGUACUAUGCAUGUGGACAAUAUGACGAAUCUUUGCAAAACUUUGUAUUAGCUGAAUUAAGCACGCUAUCGGAAAAACAUCUGUCACCACGAAGUAUUCGGAUUCUAGCUGAAUCGUAUGCUAUUAAAGGAAUGUGUUUGGAGAAAAAGGGAACAAAAACAUUGUCUAAAUUUAAACAAGCUGAACAGGAAACGGAAAUGAUUACCUGUUUCGAACGAGCUUCUGAUUUGGGAAUACUUUACCUUCAAGGUCAAGACGCGGCUAAUCAAUCAGAGAUAAGACGAAUGGGUGCUGUCUUAGAAACAGGGUUGCAGCGAGCCCCGAUAGUACUGAUAAAACACGGAAAGUUGCAAAACGCCAUAGACCGGUACCGGGUUAUGCUGAAUGCAAUCGAGACAAAAGCAACCCAAACCCUCCGAUUAACGUUGGCUAGACAACUUGCAGAAGUGUUGUUAAGGGGAGUAUCCGGUACUAUUUACACUCCACCAACCAAUUUGAAUGCAGUCUCCAAAGCUGGAUCAGGAAACAAACGUUUGUGGGAACCGAGAAAGUAUUCUGCUAGACAACAGUUCAUACCAAGGAACCAACAUGAAGAAACUAUUCUUCUACUGCUGAUAGCGGAAGCAUUGGCUGUUAGAGAUGCCGUUCUGUCACAGAGUCCUGAGUUCCGAGAGGCAAGAAUGCAUUCUCUAGGAAACGCAGCCGCAAUAUAUGACUUGCUCACCUUGGCAACAGUUCGAUGGAAUCAGGCUGGCUUAUUGCAUGAUUCCUUAGAAAAAGCAUUAAAAUUUUCUUUCGGAGAAAGUCAUGUAUGGAAACAGUAUGCCACAUGCUUGAUCGCAAUGGGUCGUUACAAACACGCAGUUUGUGCGUUAAAAGAGCAUUCUAAGCUAGAGCCACAAGACAGCUUAAGUAGCUUGAUGGCAGCAAAACUAUGCUACGAGCACUUAGAUCAAAUUAAAGAAGGACUUGCGUUCGCUGAAGAAGCCUUAGGCUUGGAAACUAAAUAUCCCAGGCGAUCACGUGCUCAACUAUAUGUUGGAAUAGGUCUUCAGCAAGUUGGAAUUUCUUCAAGUCUGAACUCGGAAAAAGAUCGCUACAAUAAGUUGGCAUUCGAAGCUCUCGAACGAGCUGUGCAGCAAGAUCCGAACGAUCAUCUCUCCGAGUAUUAUCUUGCGUGCCAACAUGCGUUCAGUUACAAUAUCACGGAAGCGUUACUGCACAUUACCAAUGCACUUUCACUGCGCGCUGAACAUGCUUCCAGUUUGCAUCUCUUUGCUCUAUUGUUGACCGCCAAUCGGCGCCCAAAAGAGGCGUUAGUAGUAGUACAAGACGCGACAGAAGAAUUUCCGGACAAUUUAAAUCUUCUGCACGUUAAAGCCCAUCUAGAGCUGUACCUUAAAGACGUAGAAACUGCGCUGGAAACUGUACAGCAAAUGUUAUCUAUUUGGCGUGAGGUAUACGAAGUACAGUUGGCCAACGCUGGAAGCGGAAUGGAGCAUGAUAAUGAAAAGCAAUCCGAUACGCGGAGUGUUCUGCAGAUGCAGUCGUCACAGAUGUCCGAUAAAGAUUCAAAUUCUAUUCAUGCUGCUUCGUUAGCUGCUUCUCGUAUUGAACAUGCUCUUAGUGAAGCGGCUAGCUCUCUAAGCUCUUUCAACCCACGGCCGGGACCUCAAAAAGCUUGGAUGAUACAACUUAAAAUUUGGCUGCUGUUGGCGGAUGUCUACCUAGCGAUUGAACAACCGAAUGAAGCUAUCAACUGUAUCCAAGAAGCUAGUUUAAUUAAUCAAGUCUCCCAUCAAGUGAUGUAUAUGCGUGGUCAAAUUCAUGUCUACCAGCAGCAGUGGGCGGAAGCGAAACAGUGUUUCCAAAAUGCAGUAUGUGCCAAUCCUUACCACACGGAUGCUCUGCGAGCUUUAGGUGAAGCUCAUCUCACUCUAGGCGAACCACGUUUGGCAGAAAAAACGUUGAAAGACGCCGCACGGAUUGAUCCCAAUUGUCCGAAAAUUUGGUUUUUGCUUGGUCGUGUUAUGGAAAGCCUGGGGGACUUUGCGGCAUCAGCUGAUUGUAUGGCUGCAGCCUUGCAACUGGAACCAUCAUGCCCAGUACUACCUUUCACUUCAAUUGCACUUGUGUUCGAGUGAACAGUCCAAUACAGUAAUUACUAUAACAAUGCCUUGUUACCAUUGCAUUCUCACAAAAGGUAUAUUGUCGUGCUAGUGUAUAAUUCUUGCAUUAUUCUGGGUACUUUGGAGUUCGAUCUCGGUUGCAAUAGUUUUCAGUGCGAAAAUAAAAAACAUUCUAAUUCACCAAUCAACGGAUUUCUUUUCAGUGCAUUCAAGGAAUGGACGUUGUUAUCUAUUUAUUAAUUGUUAUUGUUGGUCUACUCUAGCACUUAUAAAACACGAUUCAUUGUGUGCAUUUAUCACUAUAGAAUACUUAAUAAUAAAGCAUCUGGAAUGGAAACUA